CAACUGUCGACUCCAAGGGAUUUGUUCUACAACAAUAUUUUGGAUAUCCAUUGACCAAUGAUCUCUCGGUAUAAAGAGAAUCAUUUGUCGAUCAGGCUGCCAUGUUCCUACCACGAUCUGAUGCCCGAUCAAAUGCGUGUGAAUCCCCUACUCUUGUUAAAUUGUCUAGAACAUUCUCUCCCCUCCUUCGUCCACCAUUGGCUCCCGCAUACCGAGACCUCGCACCGAUGCUCUGAGCCUGUUGAUCCAAGUGGUCCAGGCUACAUUCAAUCAAGCCAAAGAUCAGCAGCCGAUCUGCAAGUACCCCUAAUAUUUUACACAGCAAUUGGGUUGAUGUAGAUAUCUACACAGCCCUCAGGCCCGACCGUCAAGACGGUCGCCCAGCCGUCAAACACGCGGGUUGCAAUCUCUGCAAGGGGG